AUGCUUCGAUGGGCUGCAGACUUCAUCCUUGACACCAUGGACAACGACCCCAACGUUGACGUCUACUUCGAAUGGACCUUCCCCUGCUCUGGAUGGACACAACAUCCUAUGGUGUUCUUGGAACAUGAGCUUCGCAAGCGCUCCAUUCCCUGGGAGUCAUGUCGCAUUGAUGGUUGCAACUAUGGCGUGCGAGAUCGCAACAACGACCUCUUCCUGCACAAGCGCUGGCUCAUCAAGACCACUGACGAGCUCUUCCACAAGAACUUCAGAGCAAAGGUCUGUCCCAAGAAUCAUCGACGCACUCUGAUUGAAGGCAUCGAAACAUCAAGAUCGGCAUACUAUCCCCGCCGAAUGGUGGAAGCCAUUGUUCGUCACUGGAAGCGAGAACUUGUUCCUCUACGGCAUCUCAAAUACCUCACCACUGGCUCCAGUGAAGCCGAUCAUGAAGUUGAGAACUGGAUGAGAAGGCAAAAGCUUCUUCAUGAACCUGAUGCUCUUCCAGCAGAACUCGUUCCUGAUGAUGAUGAUCCUCCCGAACAGCCAGAGGAAGCCAAUCCUCUAGCAGAAAUUUCCAAGAAGGAGCAAGAUCAAUGGCUGGCUCGGCUUCGACAUUAUCAUCGUGCUGCUGGACACCCGAGCAAUCGCAGCCUUCAACGUCUGUCCAAAGAUGCUGGACUACCGGCAUGGAAGCUUCACAUGGCUAAGAACUUUGUCUGUGAAACCUGUCAAAGCCUCAAGCUUGGUGGCUACAGUUCUGGCAAGGUUCCUCCAGCUUCAACACACUCGCUCUACAAGGCAUGGCAGGCUGUGGGCGUUGACGCCUCUGAGUGGUUAGCGCCAAAUCAAAAGGUGAAGCUACGCUUUUUGCUGUUCAUUGACCUGGCCACAAAGCUCAAGUCGAUCUAUGUGGUCAAACAGUAUGACUUCCUCCAGAUGCAAGGUGAGACGGCAACAGAAGUCAUCACCGGCUUCUCUGAACGAUGGCUUGUGGACAAGCCAAAACCUGAAAUCCUCGUGCCCGACAACUCCAAGACCUUCAAGAGUCGCGAGAUGCACGACUUCUGCAGCAGCAUUGGUAUUCAAUUGGCCUGUCCUGCUGAAAAGGAGUCAUGGGCACAUGGCGUUGUCGAAUCUGCCAUCAAAGAUCUCAAGAUGACAGCUUCAGCCAUUCAAAUUGAUCAACCACAUCUCAAUCCACGUGUGAGUUUGAUGCUUGCACGUGCAGCUCUCAACUCCACCGAGUACACCAAGGGCUACUCUGCCUUUCAAUGGUGCUACGGCGAGGACUACACCCUGGCCGAUGAAGACCUGAGAACGUUCCGAGAGUUUGAAAACUAUGAGGACCACAUGUCCUACGAGUCCCUGGUCCGAGCUCGACAAGAUGCCGAAACCGAGUGGGCAGCGGUCAAACGGUCCAUCGACGAGGCCUACACCUGGGGCACUGCAAAGGUUGGCUCUUAUCGUCACGCAGGCACUGACAUUGAGGUCACCAGAGACCGCGAUGGCGACCAGGUCAUCACUGUGAACCAGCAGUAUUAUGUAGAUAUGCUUUGCGACCUCAACAUCCCUCAAGAUCGCCUACGUUGUUGUGGACAGAACUCCACGGAGCGGGAUGGAACCGCCCGACAGCGGUGGAUCAUGUCGCCUGGGCUGAGCGACAAUCCCGCGAAGUGGCUGGCUUCGUGUGCGCGGAUUCUCGAGGAGGAUUCGACGCAGUGCAGGUGGUUGGCGAGCGACUACGACAUCGCCGACGCGAUGACAAAGAAACGACCCGAAUGCCGCUUGAGCCUCAUGAAAUUUCUCCAAAGCUUCCUCUGGUGCAUAGCUUUCGACCCCACCUUCACUGCGGCCAAGAAGAAUGCCAAGCGUGGCAAGACAGCAGUGAAGCAUGUGAGCGCCGGAGAUGCACAAGCUGACUCUUUUUUGUGGGCUGAUCUGGAACCGGUGAUGUGGAAGAUCUUUGUGGAGCUCUCUGGAGAUGUCUCAGCCAAAGAGGCGGUUGAUGGUGCAGUUCGUGGUGGUGGCAUAUUUUCUGGAGCUGGUGGCCUUGGGGCCAAUCCUUCCAACCAGGUUCCACCUGUACACGGUGGAAAGAAACCGAAAGAGGCUUUUUCUCAAGCUGCAGAGGAUCUAAAAGAAGAGCUUCUUGCAGGGUGUCCUCAUGGAGCUGUUCGUGUGGGUGAUUGGGCAGCCGCUUCACGAAAGCUUCAUGUGCUCGCACGGCUCAAUGUUGGGGCUCGCAUCAAGGAUGUGCUCAGAUUUCUUGAAUGCUUGGGUCUUUUGGAGAAUACUCAGCUGUUGAACGACCAGAGCAGACCGCUCGUCGAGGUUCUCUCCGGAGCUGAAGGGGAUGCUGUGAACAAUUUGUUGGGGCCAAUAGGCAGCGGGCUAGCCCAAGAAGAGCCUGUCGAAGAAGAAAAUGUCAGCGAGGAUGAUGAAGGUUCCGGAGGCAGUGUUGCUCCAGAGGAGGACGAGGAUCGGAACAAGCUGCCUGGUCUUUCCAUCAGCCUCAUGCCGAAAGGUUCUUUGCUAGGUGGUCCACCUGCAAAGGAGGAGAGCAAGCCAAAGAGAAAAGGAGAUAAGGAGAAGAAGGACAAAAAGGAAGAAAAGGAGCUUCGCACUCCAGUCCAAGCCCAAGAGGAACAGAGCGGAGAACGUGUCGUGUCAGUGUGUUUCAAGCAUUCUCGAAUUGGGUUGACUGGGCCUGUUGUGAUGUGGCAUGAAAUGAGAGUGGCUUUCCCAACUUGCUUGGUGAUGCUCUCUUGCAAGCCACAAAUGUCCACUGUAAGGACAGAGGUGAUCAUAACACGGAAAUGA